GAGAGAGAGCCCGUAAGAAAUGUGUCCGCCGUCCGCCAGUGCUGAAGGUGGCUCCCACGUCGGCUUCAGAAGGAGACCGAAACCGGAAAUGCCUUUGCCCGUCUCAGUCUCCCGGGAUCUUUUGCAGGUUCCCCGGGGGAGGGGUGGAGGCAUGUCCGCGAGAGAACUGGCUGUUUCCCGGGGCUGAGGCUGGGAGGUGCUAGUCGGUCGCGCCGGGUUUGAGACCCGUCUCGUCUGCAGAGCCAGGAUGUCGGACACGUGGAGCUCGAUCCAGGCCCACAAGAAGCAGCUCGACUCACUGCGGGAGAGACUGCAGCGGAGGCGGAAGCAGGACUCGGGACACUUGGAUCUGCGAAAUCCAGAAGCUGCAUUGUCACCAGCCUUCCGCAGUGACAGCCCAGUGCCUCCUGUCCCCACUUCUGGUGGCCCUAAGUCCAGCACAGCUUUGGUAGUUCCUGAGUUAGCCACAGACCCUGAGCUGGAGAAUAAAUUGCUCCACCACCUCUCUGAUCUGACCCUAACAUUGCCCACCGAUGCUGUGUCCAUCUGUCUUGCCAUCUCCACGCCUGAUGCCCCUGCUACUCAAGAUGGGGUGGAAAGUCUUCUACAGAAGUUUGCAGCUCAGGAGUUAAUUGAGGUCAAGAGAGGUCUUCUGCAAGAUGAUGCUCACCCCACUGUUGUGACCUAUGCUGAUCAUUCCAAACUCUCUGCCAUGAUGGGUGCUGUGGCAGAAAAGAAGGGCCCUGGGGAGGUAGCAGGGACCAUCACUGGGCAGAAGCGGCGUGCAGAGCAGGACUCAACCUCAGUAGCUACCUUUGCGAGCUCUUUGGCCUCUGGCAUAGCCUCGUCAACAUCAGAAUCAACUAAGGAGCCCACCAAGAAAUCAAGAAGACAUGCUGCCUCAGAUGUUGACCUGGAGAUAGAGAGCCUUCUGAACCAGCAGUCCACUAAGGAGCAACAGAGCAAGAAGGUCAGUCAGGAGAUCCUAGAGCUGUUAAAUACAACAACAGCUAAGGAACAAUCCAUUGUGGAGAAGUUUCGCUCACGAGGACGAGCCCAAGUGCAAGAGUUCUGUGACUACGGGACGAAGGAGGAAUGCAUGAAAGCCAGUGAUGCGGACCGACCCUGUCGCAAGCUACACUUCAGACGAAUCAUCAAUAAACACACCGAUGAGUCACUAGGAGACUGCUCGUUCCUUAACACAUGUUUUCAUAUGGAUACUUGCAAAUACGUUCAUUAUGAAAUCGACGCUUGCAUGGAUUCUGAGGCUCCUGGCAGCAAAGACCAUACACCCAGCCAGGAACUUGCUCUUACACAGAGUGUUGGAGGUGACUCCAGCGCAGAUCGACUCUUCCCACCUCAGUGGAUCUGUUGUGACAUCCGCUACCUGGACGUCAGUAUCUUGGGCAAGUUUGCGGUUGUGAUGGCUGACCCUCCCUGGGAUAUUCACAUGGAGCUGCCCUAUGGGACCCUGACUGACGACGAGAUGCGCAGGCUCAACAUACCAGUACUGCAGGAUGAUGGCUUUCUCUUCCUCUGGGUCACAGGCAGGGCUAUGGAAUUGGGCAGAGAAUGUCUGAACCUUUGGGGUUAUGAACGAGUGGACGAGAUUAUCUGGGUGAAGACCAAUCAGCUGCAGCGCAUUAUUCGGACGGGCCGGACAGGCCACUGGUUGAACCAUGGGAAGGAGCACUGCUUGGUCGGUGUUAAAGGAAACCCCCAAGGCUUCAACCAGGGUCUGGAUUGUGAUGUGAUCGUAGCCGAGGUUCGUUCCACCAGCCAUAAACCAGAUGAAAUCUAUGGCAUGAUUGAGAGACUAUCCCCUGGCACUCGCAAGAUUGAGUUAUUUGGACGCCCACACAAUGUGCAACCCAACUGGAUCACCCUUGGAAACCAGCUGGAUGGGAUCCACCUACUAGACCCAGAUGUGGUUGCUCGGUUCAAGCAAAGGUAUCCAGAUGGUAUCAUCUCUAAACCUAAGAAUUUAUAGAAGUACUUCCUCACAGGGCUAAACAGCCCAUAGCCAUCACUCUACAGGUCGCACCUGAAAUGUUUGUGUGUUUGGGUUGUCAGAAAAGUCAUGAUGCGUUUUUCUAUGCAA